AGUGCGAAGCCGGUCUUUGUCGCGAGCAGGCGUCUGUGAAAAUUUUACGCAAUGCCAGCUGAAGUACUACAUGAAGCAUUUACAAACGCAGGCAACAAAGCCGGCAUCGAGAUAUGGAGGAUAGAGGACUUCGAGCCGAAGGCAGUUCCUCGUAACCAGUAUGGGAACUUUUAUACAGGGGAUUCGUAUAUAGUUCUUAAGACGGAGGGUGAAGCUAAUAAGCUAACCUGGGAUAUACACUUUUGGCUCGGCUCCAAGACAUCGCAGGAUGAAGCUGGCACGGCGGCCAUCUUGUCUGUCAAUCUGGACGACAAUAAAUUUAAUGGCGCGGCGAUACAACACAGGGAAACUCAAGGGUAUGAAUCGAAGCAGUUCCUCGGAUAUUUCGAACCUGCUAUCAGGUAUAUGGACGGUGGUCACGCGUCAGGGUUCAACCACGUGACCAUCAACCCUGGCUCGGAGAAGAGGCUCUUCCAAAUUAAAGGCAAGAGGCAUGUUCGUGUUCGACAGGUGGAGCCCUCUGCGGCCUCGUUGAACAAAGGGGAUUGCUUCGUGCUGGACGUUGGCCAUAACAUCUUCGUGUUCGUCGGCGAGAAAGCGAAGGGCGUUGAGAAGUUGAAGGCUAUCACUGUGGCGAACCAGAUCAAUGAUCAGGACCAUAACGGAAGAGGGGAAGUGGAAAUCAUUGAUCCAUACGCAAGAGAGGGUGAUGUUGAGAAUUUCUUCAAAGCCCUAGGGUCUGGUGACAUGGACUCGGUAACUGAAGUCUCUGAAGACGAUGAGGAAUUCGAACGCAGAGACGCACAAGAAGUAAGUUUGAGCGAAAUCUCUGACAGCACAGGCAACAUGAAGAUCACGAAACUACCUCGUCCCUUUAAUAAACAACAAUUCAACACCAAAGAAUGCUACAUAUUAGACACCGGCAGCAGUGGCAUUUACGUCUGGGUGGGAAGGAACUCUAACGAGAAGGAAAAAGCUGAAGCUAUGAACAAAGCCCAACAGUACUUGAAGGCACACAAUUUACCACCAUGGGUUCACGUUUCAAAGGUGCCUGAAGAACUCGAACCGCCCGCAUUUAAGCAAUAUUUCGAAGACUGGAACUAAAGAUACAAUUUUCUAUUUUUUUAAUACAAUGUCACGGCACAAAAUUGUUUUGUUACUUACAUUUUUACAGAGAUUAAUUGUACUUACUUGUAAUGCUAUAAUAU